AUGGGUGCCACACUAUCACAGCCAUUCAUUCCUUUACCCUUAAGGAGCAUCAAAAUCAAGUCCAAACGCCCCCGAUUUCGAUUUCGACUUCGGAUCCGCUGGAAAAGGAAAAGAACCCUUCCAGAAAUCCGCGCCCUCUUUCCCAACCCAGGCCAUGACCGUCGAGAAUACCGCGAGUCGAAGCUCUACGAUAGCAGUUGCACCGAGGGCGAGGAGAGGUCUCCCCUCUCAGACAGCUACACCUUUACUUCCGCAUCCUCUUCAGCCGUGCCCACAUCCCCAGUAGCGGUGGCAGAAAAAGCACCGGUGCUACCGAAUAAUACCAAUAACGAACUUCAACCCAGAAGCCAGCUGAGCCAGACCAAUGAUACUUUUCUUAAACACACCAGCAAGCCAGAGGAGGACGAUCAAGAAACGGAGCAAGAUACGUCAUCAGACUCGGACUUUCCACCACUUCAUCGCUGCCCCAAUCCCAUUAUUUCCUGCUCAGAUGCCGAUCCCGAUCCCAUUCGAUUUGAGAGACCGCACACCCCACCCCCGUGGGACACCUCCCUCACCGGCUACGGCUCCGUACUAGAGGUUUCCCGCCCGUUCAGGGCCAGGCGCGUGUUUGAGCAUCCGCUUGUUGAAGGACACUUUUGGGGGAAUAAGGGAGAUGAUUCUGGUCAUUAUGGGGUUGGUGGCGAUCUUGGUGGUGGUGGUGGCCCGAUAGUGACUGAGGCGAGGAGGAAGAUGUGGAGGAGGCUGGAGUCAGGGAAAGGGAAAGGGAAAGGCAACGUGGUGAAUAAUAAGGACAAAAUGAAGGAACAACACAGGAAGAUAAAAAGCAAAGGGGUGGAGAAGUCCCAAAAGACUAUCAACAGAAUGUCCGAGUGGAGGAGGUGGAAACCUUUACCCAAGUACCCGGCAUGUACAGGCGUUGCUCAGAGGGCUAGUACGUGUGCUGCUGCUGCUGCUGGUGACAAGGCAUGGAUAGAGGAGGUUGUUGAGGAGGCGGAAGACCAGGAAUAUCAGGGAGGGGAUGAGAAAGAGGAAGAAGAUGAAGAGAAGGAUGAGGAUGAGGAGGGGGAAGAUGACGAGGAUGCCGAGGACUUGGAGGAGGCGAUAAAGAGGUUCCUGGAGAUAAAGAUCCCGGUUGACUUGAACAGUUUACGUCGGUUGAGAACCAGUUUUGCGGGAACUGGAGAACAUACAACGACUACUGGCAGUGGGACUGGGGAAGCUGCAGGGGGGGAGGCAGGGGAGGAAGAUUUGGAGAAGGCGAUGGAGGGGGAGGAAGGUCAGUUAUCGCCUUUAGUCGAGUCCUUGAUGUUUACGGACACGGACAUUGAGGGCUUCGAAUUUCUAUUUGAAGAAGAGGACGAAGGAGGUGGGAUAUGGGAUUCGCGAAUAGUUGUAGGAGUAGAGAGCGGAAGGGUCGAUGGAAAAGGUGAAGUCUGCAAGAUGAACGGGCCAACUGGUGGCUUUGCAGGAGGAGAUGCAUCCAGAGCAGAGGUAUCUGAAGAAGAUACUGGACACAAAGUGAGGAGGGCUUUCAGCGCCACGCAAAGGUUGAGUCGGUGGAAGGAAAAGAAAUAA